AUGGCCAACAUCGGUUCUACCCUGUAUCGUGCUAAUAUAAUAGGGUCAAGCUACAGCAAGAGGCCUCGAUCCCACACUCUACGCUAUGACCUCAUGACCUUUUUUCGGGAGGUGUCUGGGGAGCCCCAGUUCCUGGCCCAGGGAUACCUUGAUGAUGAGCUCUUGCUGCGCUACGAUGGGGACAAAAGGACAGCAGAGCCCUGGGGACCUGGGUUCGAGGGGCACGGGGGAGCUGAGACCUGGGCAAGAGAGACUGAGACCCUGCGGGAGAAGGAGGAACAUCUCAGGGAGAUGCUGGCUGACGUCAUAAGCCAGCAGAGCCAGAACAAGGGCCUUUCCACCCUCCAGGCAACCAUGGGCUGUGAGCUUCAGAGAAAUGGGAGCACUAGAAGCUUCUGGAACCUAGGCUAUGCUGGACAGAACUUCCUUACCUUUGACCCGAAGACUCUCACAUGGGCAAUGGCUGUGCCCCACACCCAGCAGAUCAAAACCUUCUGGGAGACACGUGCACCCAGAGCUGAUCUGGUUAAGAUGUUCUUGGAUGACACCUGUCCUACUCAGCUCCAAAGACACCUGGCUUCCUUGAGAAAUGUUCUGCAGGAUACAGGGCCCCCAAUGGUGACUGUGACCCUCAGGAAUUACCCAGUGGGCAGGAUCACACUGACAUGCUGGGCUUUUAAGCUGUAUCCUCGUGUGGCCACCCUGGUCUGGCUUAGGGAUGGGAAGCCGGCACAGCAGCAUACCUUUGGGCCCGGGACCAUCCUGCCUAGCGGGGAUGGGACCUACCAGACCAGGGUGUCCAUUUGGGUCCUUCCUGGACAGGAAGCUCAGUUCACCUGCAACCUGAAGCACCACAGCUACAACAUAGAAAUCCCUGCCGUCUCUGGGCACCCUACUGCGCACAUUGGUGAUGCUGCCAGCUCCGCCACUGCCUCAGCUGUUUCCAUACUCCCCGUUGUGUUGGUGCUGACAGGAGCCAACUGAAGCCAGAAGGCAAAGUACAGGGAAACUACAAGGUAAGGAAUCCCUGCUGGAGAAUCUGUUUUCUUCCUCUAGUUUGUGACUGUGAGAUACCAGAAGAGCUAAAAGUUGGAUUUCAGG